UCCAGACUGAGGGAAGCGUGUCACAAUUGCGUUCGAGUGCGUGUGUGGGGCGACGGGAUGAUGGACGCGCGCGAGGAUUGUUUAUCGCUUCUCGCCACCGUCGUCGUCGUCGCCUGCAAAGGUGCUCGUGUCCUGUAAUAAUAAUAAUAAUAAUAAUAUCGGUGCAUCCUUCAGGCGAGUUGAGGCGAGGACCAAGUGGGAGAAAAUGCUCGCAUUCGUGGACAAGGUUGAGCGGCGCCGGGACUGGAACUGAUACGCGUUUCUGCGCUGCGCCGUGAUACUUGGUACACCUCGUAUAUACUACAUGUCAGUGUAUUGAGCCAAAAUGGCAGCCACGUUGACCGUCGAGCAGGAGCAAGCUACAAAGGAAUUUAUAGAAACUGUGAAUAAAUGUAGAGCUGGGAGACGGGCUGGACCAGUAUCUUGGAGCACAGCGUUAAAAUUCUUAGCGGCACGAAAGUUUGAGGUUCAACGAGCUUUAGCUCUGUAUGAGCAGCAUGAAGCCAUUAGAAGAAGAGAAGGAUUGGCGAUCUUGCAUCCUACUCAGGAACCUUUACUCAGUGAACUACGCACAGAAAAGUUUACCGUUUUGCCAUCUAGAGAUGCAACAGGUGCAGCGAUAGCUAUUUUUACCGCGCAUUUACAUCUUCCACAAAAUACUACACAUCAAACAACUCUGCAAGGUGUGGUUUAUCAACUAGAUGCUGCUUUGGAAAGUGCAGAAACACAGAAGCAUGGUCUAAUUUUUAUUUAUGACAUGUCUGACAGCAAAUAUCAGAAUUUUGACUAUGACUUGUCACAGAAAAUUUUAACACUUUUAAAGGGUGGUUAUCCAGCGAAACUAAAAAAGGUCUUGAUCGUGACGGCACCAUUGUGGUUCAAAGCGCCCUUCAAGAUUCUUCGACUCUUUGUUCGUGAAAAAUUGAGGGACCGAGUGUUCACAGUAUCCAUUCCUCAAUUGACUUUGCAUAUCCCACGAGAAUCAUUACCACAUCGUUUAGGCGGCACGUUGGAGAUACAGCAUGAAGCAUGGCUACUUCAUUGUCUUAAAUCCAUGACUAACCGAAGUGGGGGUGAACUUUGUGAGGUCGCCCCAAGAGUAGAUACACCCACGUCACCCACGACGAAAGAAGACAUGGUUCAUCAAAAUCUUAAUGAAACUGCGACGCACAGUACUCCGACUAGUCCUAUAAUCGAUAAAAACAAACAGGCGAAAAAUGGUAUAUCGAAUAUCGCCGACAUCGAAAUCACCACUGCAAAUAGUGAGAUAGUUUGGUCGGGAAUCGAUGAGGCGCCUUCUCCAGUUCAGGCUCCGUCCUCGGCUAGUUCCGGUUUUAGUGACGAUGAUAGUCUUCAUGGCGAGCCUUCCGGAUUUCAGUCCUUUACAAUGGAACAACUUGUAGCAGAACUAAAAUCACGGGGGCGCGAAGGUUACACAGCGGAAUAUAUGGAAAUUAAGCAGAGACCGCCGGAUGGUUCAUUUAAUAAUGCAAAGUUAAAGGCUAAUCAAUCAAAGAAUCGAUACACCGAUGUGCUUUGUUACGAUCAUAGCAGGGUCUGCCUUUCGCAAGUGGACGGGGAUGCGACAUCCGAUUACAUAAACGCCAAUUUUGUCGACGGUUAUAAGCAAAAGAACGCGUUUAUCAGCACUCAAGGUCCUCUCCCGAGAACUUGCGGCGAUUUCUGGAGAAUGGUUUGGGAACAACAAACACUGGUCAUUGUCAUGACUACAAGAGUGGUGGAAAAAGGGCGUACAAAGUGUACACAGUACUGGAAUCCUGAAGCGAAUCAUGAUGUACAAGUGAAUGGUUUUACAAUAACCACUCUCGAAGUUGACAAAAAUCGAGAUUACACAAUAUCCACGCUUCUUAUUACAAACACAAAGACUGAUGAGACAAGAGAAGUUUGCCAUAUGUUGUACACAGCAUGGCCAGAUUAUGGUACUCCUAAAUCAGCUAAAGCAUUACUGCAAUUCUUGUCUUUAGUGAGACAGCAGCAGAGUAAAUUACUCACCAGUAGAGGAGAUACAUGGGCCGGACAUCCUCGAGGACCACCUAUAGUUGUACAUUGCAGUGCUGGUAUUGGAAGAACAGGUACAUUUUGCACUUUGGACAUUUGCAUAUCGCGGUUGGAAGAUACUGGAACUGUAGAUGUACGAGGAACUGUUGAGAAGAUCAGAGCACAGAGGGCCUACAGUAUUCAAAUGCCGGAUCAGUACUACUUUUGCCAUGUUGCUCUAGUGGAAUAUGCAUGUUCUAAAGGACUGCUUAGCACACAAAACGCCUCUGUGCUCCCUUUAUUGGUUGAAGAGGAUUCCGAUUAAGAAAAUAAGAGUUCUGCUAUCGUAUAUCGGAUUGAUGUUCUUCCCAAGUAUGCGUAUAUAUGAUAUUCUUGAAAUAGCCUAUUUCUAUCUUAAACGACUGAAAGUUAUUUUUUGCAUUGAUGUAACAAUUCAAGUUCUCGCUGUUACAUCCCAUACUUUAUACAAAAUUGAUUUUUUCUCAAAGUCAAAUAUAAGCGACCAGGAAACUUCACAUUCCUGUUU